CAGCUCGCACUUAUUUCCGGGUUCAGGAAUCAAACAUGCUGUAAUCUAGUCAGAAGCUUAUGAUCGAUUCUAUAAAUAGUGUGUAAAUAGGUCAUUGAAAUUCGCCAUUAAUAUUUGAUGUAUUUGAUAUUGCUCUCUGUGUUGACCUGGUUAGCGACGUGUCAAUGUUCUAUCGAACAGGACACGAAGGAUUGUCAUCUUUUGAAGCUUGGGCUUGAAUCCACAUCAGUGUCAGUGGAGCUUAGUAAACAGGGUUUCCACAGGGAGGUAAUAACCACUGUUGAGUUCAGCCCUGCCCUGCUCAGUAGUGUCAGGGUUUUGCUUGUUCAUCGAUGGCCUCAAGGUGUCUUCAUCGAUCCGUACCAGCUCGCAUCCCUGAGAGAUCAAAGGGAUUGGCAGAUAUUGCUCGAUUCAGCCAUUGACCUCGAGGUGCCUGCUGAAAAGACUUCAGGGUUUGUCAGCUAUGUAUUUCCAACACCUGAUGAUCCAACUCCCAGUCUGCUAAAAGUAACGAUUCCAAUACAUGGCCGCUACCAUGAGGCGUCUUCAGUUGGGAAAACAUUUACAUCGGUCGACAUCCAACCUCCUGAGCUGCUGCUACGGGAUGAAAAAUGUUUGAAGCUUGACAACUUGGAGCUUUACACCGUUGUGGAGGCCCCCUGCACUGUAGACAACUCAAGCACUUGCUCAUGGUUUAAAAUCCAGCAGCAUCAGCGUGGCCCCAUGAGUUUACAGAUCCCAGUAGGUGACCGGUCCCUGGUGAUGCCUGUGUGCGGUGGAACUCUUCUGGUCACAAUGAUCUGCUGUGUGGUUCUGUCCAGAUACAUGUGGAAUCAUCAAAUUAUGCAGUGAUGAUCAGCAUACCUCAAUUGUAUACAUAAUUGUAUAGUUUUGUCUGAUACUGGGAAAAUGAUGAUAUUAUUAGGAUCAUCAACAUUAAAUAGGCAUUAAGAGAUAACACUACACAGACAUAAGUAGAACGUCCCUUUGAGAUGACACUAACUAUAUCAGGUUUUAUAAUUGUUCUGGUUUUUCUCUGCAAAAGAAUCUAGAUAACCCACUUUUUGAAACAGGCCAAAAUUAGUGUAAGUAUACAUGUUUUUUGUGGUAAGUCUACUUAUUCCUUAUAAUCUUGGCUCACAGAUAGUAGCAUAGCCCAGGGCAUAGCGGAAGAUGGCAUUUGUUUAUUUACUCAGUUUGAAACACUUAACUCAGGAAUGAGGUGUGACCACCUAUCAUGUUUACAGGAAGCUCUUGAUCCCAUUUGCAAACAAUAUUUAAGAUCCAAGUAACCAAAAGUUAAAUCUAGUUUCUUAACUUCCACUGCUUCCUGUGCUCUGUGCCCUUUUUAACUAAGGACAAAUUCCUGUCUUAAUAUUUGUUGAGAGUGACGUUUCUUUUUAUUCUGGGCUGGCCUUGGGCUGGGCAAUAAAAAUAAAUCGUCAAUGUAUAUUUGAAUAUGUAUUAUGCAUUGUGCACAGUGAGGAGGCAUAAAACUUCAUUGAUCUACCUUAGAUUUUAUCAAAGUGUUUGACUCUGCUUAUGAAGUAGACUUUAAAACCACAACCUUUGCCCAGGAGCGGAAAACUGUCUUUAAUCUUAACAGAAAUAAUAUCAUGAUAAUUGUCGAUACUGACCGACAUUUUUUUAUUUGGAUAUCAUUUUCAGCAAAGCCAUAAUCUACUUAUGUUGUCAUGAAAUAAUAAAAAAAUGUCAUAAAACUAUAGUCCAUAUUGGGGCCAGGUAUAAAAUUGUUUGUUUAACUUACAGUAUUGUAACUACAACCUUUGUGCUUAUGUAAAUUGUUUUUUAUAAAGUAUUUUGAGAUUCUGUGUUUAAACAGAGGAACAUUACAGACGUACACAAGGCUGCCGUUAAUAAAAAAAAUACAUGCAUGUUCA